AUGCCGCCGCCCAUCCUUUCAAAGCUAUGGCCUGAUGCUCCCGAGUCGAACGAGAAGCCUCCUAGCCAGAGCUUUGUAGGCCGACGGCCGGCAAUACCGCACCGCAUCCUUCACUCGCUCAUAUAUUUGCCUGCUUUCGUUAUGCUCCUUCUCGUGCAGAUAGGCAAUUUAUCAGAUAGGCCGGUGCUCCGAGACAUCUACUUCCUAAAGAUCGACCUUUCCAAUAUCAUUCCGUUGACCGUUCCGAAUGCUGUCUUGAUCAACAGUAUUGCCCGGACGAUUGGGCUGCAUGAUUUCUACCAGGUUGGGCUAUGGGGCUUCUGCGAAGGGUACGGAGACGGUUCUGGGAUCACCCGUUGCUCUAAACCAAAGUCGACGUACGCCUUCAACCCAGUCAACAUCAUUACCGGCGAGCUGCUUGCUGGCGCUACAAGUUGGUUCCCCCGUGUAAUCCUCCUCCAUUCAGAGCUAUUCUUACUGACCCUCCCCCGAAAUUUAACAGUCGUCCUGCCUAGUGGAAUCACUCGUGCCUUGAACAUCGCCCGUGUUGCUUCCAACUGGAUGUUUGGCUUCUUUAUAACUGCGACAAUCCUCUCAUUCCUCUGCAUGAUCCUUACUCCAUUCUCGAUUCCCUCUUCAGCGGCUAUUCUUUCGGCACCUAACUAUUCCUCAUAUUAUCGAGCAAAGAGAAGAGCCACGCCGAAUAGGACGGCAAUUCCCAUCACCAUAAUCGCAUUCGGCGCCUGGUUCACUGCAUCAGCCGGAUCAGCUGUCGCCACUGUGAUGUUUGUCAUCUUCCAGACUGUCUUUGAGAAUAAUGCUGCAGACCUCAACAUCCACGCCGAGCUGGGAAUUGCGAUGAUGGCGUGCAUGUGGAUCCCUGUUGCGCUUUUGACGAUCGGAUUCCUCCUGCAACUCCGCAAGUUGACUGGAAAGGCCCACAGAAGGUCCCAACUCACCAGCUAA